CCCUCCAACAUGUACGUGAGCUACCUGCAGCUGGACAAGGACCCCCCCAUGUACCACCAAAACCCAGUGAGCAGACACCCGGGUCUCAGUCUCAGCCCGCAGAACUUCCCGGCCUCGGCCCAGUACUCGGACUUCGCGGGAUACCACCCCCACCAUCACGGCUUGGGCACAGACCCCCACUCCCCUCAGCAGCAGAGCGGCGCCUGGAACCCGGCCUACCCGCCACCCCCUCUGCCUCCCCCCCCUCAGCACACGCGUGACGACUGGGCCGCUCACCACUAUGGAACCGCAGCAGGGCCUCCAGGGACCACAGUGCCCGGCGCCGUGGGCCCUAAUCUGGGCUUCGGCCCUCCAGAGUUCGCCGGGCAACCGCCGGCUCUGCUGGCCACCUCCCUCAACGCGCCCGCAGGUCAAGGGUCAGCCGUGUCCCCGCAGAGGAGAAGCGCCUACGAGUGGAUACGACGUGCAUCCACGCCGCUCGCCAACCCCAACGGGAAGACUCGCACCAAGGACAAGUACCGUGUGGUCUACACAGACCACCAGCGUCUGGAGCUGGAGAAAGAGUUCCACUACAGCAAGUACAUCACCAUCAGGAGGAAGGCGGAGCUCGCCAGUGCCCUCGGCCUAUCAGAGAGACAGGUGAAGAUUUGGUUCCAGAACCGGCGAGCUAAAGAACGCAAAAUGAACAAGAAAAAGCUCCAGCAGCCCGCCUCCUCCACCACGCUGACACCGCCCACUGGAGGCGGAGGCAGUGUUGCCAUGGUUACCAGCAGCAGCGGCCUGGUAUCCCCUUCCUCUCUGUCCAUGAACAUCAAGGAAGAGUUCUGA